AUGCAGUCGCGCCAGGACGAGAUGGCAUUCGAUGCUCACGACUGGCUCGACAGCAUCCAAUCGGAUCUCAAGCAAGGCUACAUCAUCCGCCCACUUGCACGCGAUGACUACUCCAAAGGCCAUCUCGACGUCCUCACCGUGCUCACCCAGGCUCCCGAUCCCGGUCAGGCCGCCUGGCAAUCGCGAUUCGAUGAGAUGCACACUGCCCAGCCGGCAGCGUACUACCCUCUCGUUGUAGCGACAGAACACAAGAUCAUGGCAGUCGGCACGCUCAUCGUCGAACGCAAGUUCCUCAGGGGGCUGGGCUUGGUCGGACACAUUGAGGAUAUCGCAGUCUCGAAGGAAGCACAGGGACAGUCUCUGGGCAAGAAGAUCAUCCUCGCUUUGACAGCGAUUGGCGAAAAGGUGGGUUGCUACAAAGUCAUCCUCGAUUGCAACAAGGACAACAUCCCGUUCUACGAAAAAUGCGGGUAUGUCCACAAAGAGUACGAGAUGGUACGCUACACGCCAGAAGAGGUGCUCAAAGCUGCCAGAUCAGCCUCUUCGUAG